CUUUGAUGGAUUCAGGUCUUCUUCUGGAUUCGUCCUAAAAUUCAGGCCUUCACGAUCCACAUAGUGGGAGGGCUCUGCUGAAUUCAGAUAUGUGAUUAGAUGUAGAUUUAAGUGUCCAGAGUAUUUGGGGAGCUUACACCCGCACCUGAAUGAUAAAAAAAAGCUAUUCAUCAAAAGCUCCUUAUAGCAAUCUUGCUUCCUUUACCAUUUUUCCUUUCUAUCAUUCAAUCAAGCCGUAUUCCUCAUUUUUUCAAUGGAAGCUGUGGCUGUGGCUACUCAUCCAGUCGUCAGAGUGGCGGGCAUCUGUGGCUCUCUGCGGAAAGGUUCACACAACCGCGGUCUCCUCCGCGCAGCAAUGGAGAUGAGCAAGGAAUGUAUCAAAGGGAUGGAAAUAGAGCUCGUGGAUAUAUCGGCGUUGCCGUUUCUAAACACCGAUCUCGAGGUCGACGGAACCUACCCUCCGGUCGUGGAGGAGUUUCGCCAGAAGAUUUUUCAAGCUGACAGCAUCAUUUUUGCCUCCCCAGAGUACAACUACUCCGUCACUGGACCGUUGAAAAAUGCAAUAGAUUGGGCAUCUCGACCCCCAAACGUUUGGGCAGACAAAGCGGCUGCGAUCGUUGGUUCCAGAGGAGGCUUUGGCGGGGGGAGAGCACAAUAUCAUCUCCGCCAGAUAGGAAUCUACAUCGACCUUCAUUUCAUUAACAAGCCUGAGUUUUUCCUCAAUGCUUUGAAUCCCCCUCCCAAGUUUGACAGUGAUGGUAAUCUGAUUGAUGCUGAAAGCAAAGACAAACUAAAAGCUCUUCUUCUCUCCUUACAAGCAUUCACAUUGAGGCUGCAAGGUAAGACCAUCGGGUGACGAUGGGUUCUUGUUGCCUUCAUUUGGCUCCCCUACCAAAUCACGGGAUACAUGCCGAAUUGUGAAUGAAUUCUUCAGUAAAAAAGGGUGCGUGUUUGUGAAUUAGUUUUCUUCUUUUACAUACACAACUGAAUACAAGAAAUAGCUCAAAGGCUUAAUCCAGACUAGUUGGGCUAGGUGAGGUGAAUGGUGACUGAACUUCUGGUUGCCAAGUUUUAAAACUUGAUAUUCUUCAUGCCAGUUUUCUUACAUGAAUAACCGGUAUACAUUCUUCACGCUUGCAUUUAAGAUCAACAAAAU